CGAGGCUUGGUCCCGCAACCAGGUGGAUCGGUCUAACCUUCUACUACACUUCUCGAAACAGCACGGACAGCCCUAGCUAACACACCGAGUUGAACCUUGCCUCUGCUCCUCGACAGUCACUUGCGCCAUGUUGAACACUUCCACGUCCUCACCGCAUCCAAGUGUUCAAAACAUGUCCACACCCUCUGGAAGUCUUCUAGAAUUUCUUUCCCGGCAAAAAGCAUAGACAUGUGCCUCGUGUAUCGGCUAUUAUUACGAACGACAGCCCACCACCGCACCGACAAUCUACCCCUGGCGCCUCCUGUGAACUCCCACCGUCGCGUGGCCCCUCCCCUUCGCAUCAGAUCAUGUCGCAGACAAGGCACGCCCGUCGCACGUCAUUCCCGCAACAAACAAUUACACCUCCUGCAUGUCAUCCAUUUUUCCCUUAAAAAUUACAAAAUCCUACAAAGGUAUCGUGUCCCAGGUUGCGCCAUCAUCACUUCAUGCCCGAGCCCGGAAAUUUCCACCCAAACAAAUAUGUCGCGCAAGCCGCACGCCGGUCCCAAAAAGCUCCGCUUAGUCCCACGUAAGCUGUCAGCCAGGCUCCACCGCCAUGAAGCAUGUUUAGUAUCUCCUCCGAUCAUCGCCCUCAUAUCUGUCAUUGUAGUCGUAUCUGCUCCUUCUGUCAUCGCUCCUUCUGUCAUCACGCUCAUAUCUGUCGUCUCUCCUGCGAUCACUUCUGCGCUUGCUGUCAUCCGAGUCGUCGUCCCAAUCCCCGUUUCUCUGCUGUUCCUUCUUCCUUUUCCGGUCGUCCCAAUGGUCCGCCGCUUCUUUUGCACCAACGCCGCCUAUAAUGGCUCCGGCAAUCGUUGCAACGGUAUCGUACUUUUUUCCUUUAGUUGCUCGGUUGCCGGCAAAGCCGCCUACCAAAGCACCGCCGACCGUCGCCAACAGCCGGCUCUUCAUGUCGGUUGAGCUAUCCCUUUCGCGCGAGUUCGACCGACGACGUCGUGAUUUUGAUCGGCCCUGUCGCUGGGAGCGUGGCGGAGACCAUGAUGAGCCUCUUCGUUGGGGUGCUGGCCGCACGCCGCCACCUCCGUAAAGACUUUGUUGACCGUAUUCAGACUGGGCUUGUUGCUCAUAUGGCUGUUACACGUUAGCUUGGAAUUUGCAUGUCGUUGGACUAGGCGCACUGCUACCUGCAUGCCGCGUGUAUCACCCGGUCCGUCGCGGCCGCGUGGGACUUUGAAUCCUGGCCCUGGUGCAGUGUAGCCGUUCUGCUCGGGCUCACGAUAUCGGUCGUCUCGCCCAUAGCGGUCCUGCCGGGAAUCUGGCGCGUACAUCUCUGGGUCGGAAUUGUAGCCGUUUGCGCUUUCUGGUGCAGUGGAGCGAGACGUGUACCCCUUGUCAGGGUGGUUUCCAGGCUGGUUUUCAGGGUGAUUUCGCGGCGGGUACGGCCCGUCUUGUGGUGCUU